AUGACACUGGAAGCUCCAGCUAUCGCUCUAGUCCAUGCAGACAAAAUUCCGGUGCUGACCCAGCACUUUUCUUCAGGAUUGGGGCAAACAUUUACUCUCAAAACACGUGAAAAAGACGAGGGCAAAGAGAAGCACGAGCACUUGUUACAGCUCUUGAAUUUCUCAAUGUACGAUCCUGACGAGCUUCUGUACAAGACUGGCACGACACAGUUUCCCUUAAUUAUUGUGCUGGAAGUGACAUCAACUAGGAAGCGUCCACAGUCUCAGUCGACAUUCUGUACGUUUUUCAGACAAGAUGGAGACUGCUGGGAUAUUAAAGUGCUUAAACAGAAAGCCUUGGUGAACGGACUGACGUAUGAGUUGCAGGAGGUCUACGGGAUCGAUGGCUCAGUGACAGCAGCGCCCCAAGCUGAGCAAAACAAUGUAGCAGGGUACGAAAACAAAGCUGACAGAACUUCGACGGUCAAAAAUGAGAUUAAGAUACCCGAAGGAGCCGAGUGCAUCAUCUGCUUGUGUGAAACACGUAAUACGACAAUUUUGCCCUGCCGUCACAUGUGCCUCUGCAGCGAGUGCGCAGAAGCACUGCGUAAGAGCUCGAGUACAUGCCCAGUUUGUAGAACGCCAGUCAAAGCAUUGCUCCAGAUUCGUGUUGAAGCAAAGGAGACUACGGCGACAGAAGCUGAGUGA